AGGGAGGAGAGAAGAGGAGAGGGGGCGUCUGUCGUCACCAAACCACGUGUCUGGCGCUGAUAGUAUAUCUUAUACUGGGAAAAGUAAUCUAUCAGACAGACCCGUUAAAAGCUCCGGCCUUUAAAAGCAGCAUGUGUCAUCUCGACUUGGUUCUCCAAAUAUCACUCGUCCAGGAAAUAUACUGAGAAGGCACGUCGCGGCGCAGAAGUCGCGCUAUCUCCAAACAACUUCGAAGCAAGACGCACCGCUCCGCAGGCCUGCUCACUUACCGAGUGGGGAAUAUUUGUAGAAGUUGAAGUUUCUGUUUGACUGGACUCGCGGGCUGCCGGUUCGAUCGCAUUCAGAUUUUGGGAGACGUCCGAUCUCUUGACAGGAGCGACCAGACGUCCCGCAGACGCCGCCGUGUGUGCGCACUGACCGCUUCACAGCACGCCCGGCCGCUCGGUUGUUUUGGCUCCACUAGACUUUUUCUUUGAAAAGUGUGAGUAAGCCGUGAGAUGACCUUGUCUGGAGGCAGCGAACGAGCCAGCGACAUGUCCGGCCAAACCGUGCUCACAGCGGAGGACGUGGAUAUCGACGUGGUAGGCGAGGGAGACGAGGAGGGCAUGGAGAGGAUGGACAGCGACUGCGACAGCCCGGUGGGAGGCAUCCUGCACGACCUGCGCGGGGAGACGGGAGACGAUGAGGUGGACGAUGAGAUCGAGGUGGAGAAGGAGGAGAUGAGGUCCGGUGGCGGAAGUCCGUGCUGCGAGAGCUCCGGCGAGGGCGAGACGGGCAGUGGGAAGGGAGAGGGUCACGACCAGAGCGCGGGUCCGGGGGGUGCGAUCCAGAAGCCCAAAAGCAGCCUGGUAAAGCCGCCGUACUCGUACAUUGCUCUCAUCACCAUGGCCAUCCUCCAGAGCCCGCAGAAAAAGCUCACUCUCAGCGGGAUCUGUGAAUUCAUCAGCAACCGUUUCCCCUACUACCGGGAGAAGUUCCCCGCGUGGCAAAACUCCAUCCGCCACAACUUGUCCCUCAACGACUGCUUCGUAAAAAUCCCCAGGGAACCUGGCAAUCCGGGCAAGGGCAACUACUGGACCCUGGACCCAGCUUCAGAGGACAUGUUCGACAAUGGCAGCUUCCUCAGGAGGAGGAAAAGGUUCAAGAGAGUUCAGCCGGACAUGCUCAGGGACCAGACCGCGCUCAUGAUGCAAAGUUUCGGUGCGUACAGCAUCGGGGGCCCCUACGGGAGACACUACGGGAUCCACCCGGCUGCGUACUCCCAUCCGGCGGCUUUGCAGUAUCCGUAUAUCCCCCCCGUAGGUCACAUGCUGCCCCCGGGCGUCCCCCUCCUGCCCUCGGCGGAGCUGAACAGAAAAGCGUUCAACUCUCAGCUCAGCCCGAGCCUUCAGCUCCAGCUCAACAGCCUGAGCACGGCGUCCAUGAUCAAAUCAGAGCCAUCGAACAGACCGUCUUUCAGCAUAGAGAACAUCAUCGGGGUCUCCAGCGCCUCCUCGUCCUCGCCGGGCGCCGCUUUCCUGCGGCCUCCCGUGACCGUUCAGUCGGCCCUGCUGAGCGCGCAGUCCCUCUCCCUGACCCGGACCUCAGCCGCUAUCGCCCCCAUCCUCAGUGUCCCUUCAAAUAUUAUUUCUGGACACGUUUUACCCUCAGCGGCGGCGGCGGUGUCCAAAUGGCCUUCACAGUGACUUAAAAGCAAGAGAAAAUAAACUCUUAUUUUUCUAUAGAGACAUUAAUUCUGGGAAGUGUGAAAUGAGCACAAAUCAAUAGGCAGCACUGGACUGUAAAGCCAUGUAAAGACUGUUGAAACACAGACAACAAGAUAAAAAAAAAAAGAAAGAGAAAGGAGAGAUUUCUGUACAGGUAACAUUUGUAAAUAUUUGUACAAAGAGAAUCAUUUUAUCCGUUUGACUUUUACCUGUACCCUUUUCUGCCCAUUUUAUUUUAUUUUUGUUCUUGUUUGAGAUCUGUGAUAAUAAUUUUACAUUUUUCCUUUUUGUAUCGGAAGCUCGACUGGACACAAUUUUGGCUUCUUUUUCAUACAAGACACGAGAAAGCUCUGAAAAAUAGACUGUUUAUAAUGAAAAAAAAAAACGACAACAAAAACGAACAAAUAUAUGUAAUUCUAUGUAGCUAUAUUGUGUUGUAAACUGAAUUUAUUUGUAAAUAAAUCCAAGAAAGAAUUAAAAAUCAGUUUUCAUUA